UUUCUUUCCUGCCAGCACCUUCUCUGAGGUCUCGGGGUCUGUCUCCGCGUUCGCGGUUUCCGUCUCCGCUUCCCUGUCUUCAUUGCCCCAGCCCUGUUGCGGGCCCUCCUCCGAGACCCCAGGGAGAGCCCGGAGAGACGCUGGAGCCGAAGUCAUGGAAGAAGUGUCAUCCUGCUCCCUCAGCAGCACUCUGUUCCAGCAGGAAGACCAGAAAGGGAUCACCUACCGGAUCCCAGCGCUGCUCUACAUUCCUCCCAGCCACACCUUCCUGGCCUUUGCAGAGAAGCGCUCCACAAGCAAAGACGUAGAUGCUCUCUAUCUGGUGCUCAGGCGAGGAGUGAUGAAGGGCCACUUUGUACAGUGGGGACCCCUGCAGCCACUGAUGGAAGCCACAUUGCCUGGGCAUCGGACCAUGAACCCCUGCCCUGUGUGGGAGCAGAGUACUGGCCAUGUAUUCCUGUUUUUCAUCUGUGUGCGGAACCAUGUUACUGAGCAUCGACAGAUUAUGUCAGGCAAGAAUGCCGCCCGUCUCUGCUUCCUGUGCAGUCAGGACGCUGGGUGCUCGUGGGGUGAAGUGAAGGACUUGACCGAGGAGGUCAUUGGCUCAGAGGUGAAGCACUGGGCCACGUUUGCUGUGGGCCCAGGCCAUGGCAUCCAGCUGCAGUCAGGGAGGCUGAUCAUUCCCGCCUAUGCCUACUACUUCUCACGCUGGUUCCUCUGCUUCCCGUGUUCAGUCAAGCCCCAUUCCCUGAUGAUUUACAGUGAUGACUUAGGAGUCACAUGGCACCAUGGCAAGCUCAUUGGGCCCCAGGUGACAGGGGAGUGCCAAGUGGCAGAAGUGACCGGGAAGGCUGGUAACCUUGUGCUGUACUGCAAUGCCCGGACACCAAACAGAUUCCGAGCAGAGUCUUACAGCACUGAUUACGGUGACUGCUUUCAGAAACCAAUCCUGAACACACAACUCUGUGAGCCCCGUUAUGGCUGCCAAGGCAGUAUAGUGAGCUUCCAGCCCCUGAAGAUGCCAUUCUCACAUGACCCAAGUGGUAAAGCUGCUCCCACUACUCAGAAAAGCCCUCUGCUGGACAGUUUUCUGGAGCGGGAGGAAGGAGAUGGAACACCAUCAGAAACAUGGCUCUUGUACUCACAUCCAACUAGCAAGAAGCAGAGAGUUAACCUGGGAAUCUACUACAACCACAACCCCUUGAAGGUGACCUGCUGGUCCCGCCCCUGGAUCUUGCACUGUGGGCCCUGUGGCUACUCUGAUCUGGCUGUUGUGGAAGAGCAGGGCUUAUUUGCAUGUUUGUUUGAGUGUGGGCAGAAGCAUGAGUGUGAACAGAUUGCCUUCCGUCUGUUUUCAGACCAAGAGGUUCUGAGCCAAAUCAAGACUGAUGGGUGAGGACCCAACUUUCCACAGAAGGGAAACACGGGUCACUGAUGUCUACAGAAAAUCCAAAAACUAA